AUGUCUUAUUUUGGAUUAUAGGACAGAAAACUCACAAAAGUAGAGAGGCAGAGAUUUAAAGAGGAAGCAGAAAUGUUGAAAGGUCUACAGCAUCCAAACAUUGUGAGGUUUUAUGACUUCUGGGAAUCCUGUGCAAAAGGCAAAAGAUGCAUUGUGCUGGUUACCGAACUGAUGACCUCUGGAACACUAAAGACGUAUCUGAAGAGAUUUAAAGUGAUGAAACCUAAAGUCCUGCGUAGUUGGUGCCGGCAAAUCCUGAAGGGUCUUCUUUUCUUGCACACAAGAACUCCACCAAUAAUUCACAGAGACUUGAAAUGUGACAAUAUUUUUAUUACUGGACCAACUGGAUCUGUGAAAAUAGGAGACUUGGGUCUGGCAACCCUCAAGAGAGCUUCCUUUGCCAAAAGCGUCAUAGGUACACCGGAAUUUAUGGCCCCAGAAAUGUAUGAGGAACACUACGAUGAAUCUGUGGACGUCUAUGCCUUUGGAAUGUGCAUGUUGGAAAUGGCUACCUCAGAAUACCCUUACUCAGAAUGCCAGAAUGCUGCUCAAAUCUACCGGAAAGUAACCUGUGGUAUAAAGCCAGCAAGCUUUGAGAAAGUUACGGAUCCUGAAAUUAAGGAGAUAAUUGGGGAGUGCAUUUGCAAAAAUAAAGAAGAAAGAUAUGAAAUUAAAGAUUUAUUAAGCCAUGCCUUUUUUGCUGAAGAUACUGGGGUAAGAGUGGAACUUGCAGAAGAAGACCAUGGUAGGAAAUCCUCUAUUGCCUUAAGACUCUGGGUAGAAGAUCCUAAGAAACUGAAAGGAAAACCCAAAGAUAAUGGAGCCAUUGAGUUUACUUUUGAUCUGGAGAAGGAAACUCCUGAUGAUGUUGCACAAGAAAUGAUUGACUCUGGAUUUUUUCAUGAAAACGAUCUCAAGAUAGUCGCGAAGUCAAUACGUGACAGAGUAGCAUUAAUACUAUGGAGAAGAGAGCGAAUUUGGCCUAGGAUGCAGUCAGAGGAACGUCGGGACUCUGAGUGUCUGGAGAAGUCGAAGAUGCUGCAUGCGCAGCAGGUCCAGGUCACCUACCUUUCUCACACCGGUCAUCAUGUCCUGUCGGAGUCGGAGGAGCCCGAGGCAGACCAGCAUCCCUUUCAGCAAAACCUGCCCACCAGCGUCACCUCUGUUGCAUCCGACAGCACAUUUGACAGUGGCCAGGGGUCCACUGUUUAUUCAGACUCUCAAAGCAGCCAGCAAAGUGUCAUCUACUCAUCGCUGCCGGAUGCGGUACCUCCUGCUAUCCAGCGCGUCUACAGCCCCCCUCUGAGCGAGAGCCAGGCGGUGCCCCAUGGCCUGCAGCAGCUGGGCCACUACCAGCAGCCCUCAGGAACUGGUCUCCCCGCCAUUCCGCCUGCGCCCACAGUGGUGUCCCAGCGGCCCCAGCACUACCAGGAGCCGGCACUGCCAUUCCCAGUCAUCCAGCCCACAACUGUCGCCUCCCUGCCGCUGGGGCAGGCGCAGCCGGGGCUGGCCAGCCAACAGCAACCCAUAUCACAGCAAGCUUCUCUGCAGCAGGUGCUUGCCAGCCAGCCUGUUUGCCCCAUCCAGCCUGCAACCCAUCUAUUGCCCCAGUACCAGCCCCAGACCUCCCAGGUGGCAGCCAGCAGUACCCCGCUCAAACCCCUUCAGAUUUCGACUGUACCGCAGCUUCCGCCGGUGGCCCCUUCCCAGAUUCCUCAGUUUCCUGUCAUUCCUGCAAUUACUCCUCUGGCAGGACUUGACAGCCUUCCUCCAAACCUCUCUGACAUACCUGCUGCAAACGUGCCCCCCAUACCUGCUCCUUCGCAGUAUUUUGCUCCGGCCGUGAUUUUGCCCAGCCUCCCCAUGAACCCUACUCUGCCCAUGGCACCCAACUCCCCCGCCCUCCCCAUGCAGGCAGUCAACCUUCCUCACACAACCGUGGCUUCUUUGGUCUUGCCCUGCCAAACAAUAGUGCCAAAUAUGUCGGCUGCUACGAUCCCAUUGCUUGCUGUGGCCCCGCCGGGAGUGCCAGCGCUGCCGCCGCACCACGGGGUGCCCCAGCUCUCCCAGCAGCAGAUGUACCAGACCACCUUCCAGCCAGUCAUUCCCAGCGAGGCGCCCUCUCCCCAUCACACGCAGAGCACGCAACCAGUAUCCCAGCCGCAGCAACCUCCACCUCCUCAGUCACUUCAGCCCAGCAUAAUUCAUCCUUCCGAACAGACUCUGUCUGCGCCUGGGGCUGGUCACCAGCAGAUGCCUGGCCACGCUCAGUAUGCUCUGGAAGCUGGAGCCCAGGUGCCCGUGCUGCCCGUACAACCUUCGCUAGUCAUGUCACCGCCUUUGCAGUUGCAGCCUGACCUGUUGCCUCCCCGCAUCGCUCCGGAAGGCAUUUCCCAGAUUUGUGGCAGCCUUGCUACGGCUAGUCCGCCCGUCCCCGUAGAUCACUGUCUGCCUCUUCAGCCUGCGGGUCUGUUGCCGCUCCAGCCCGAUCUUUCCCAGCCGCUGGGUCAGCAGCUCCCGGCUCCCUGCUCCACUGGCCAGGCAGUCACAGAGCCAUCUCAAGAGGAGCAGGCAAUACAGGACAAACUUCAAACUCUGUCACAGAGCUGUGAAAGCUACAUGAGUCCGGAUGUUGCUUCGGGUAAAGAGAUGAGUGACAGCUUUGAAGGAGCAAUAGGAAGUGGAAAACAAGAAGGAAAGUCUUCAAAGAAACAUAAGAAAUCUACACGUGCUCGUUCACGCCAGGAGAAGUCCAGCAGACCAAAACUCACCAUAUUAAACGUUUGUAACACGGGAGACAAGAUGGUGGAGUGCCAGCUUGAAACACACAACCACAAAAUGGUGACUUUUAAGUUUGAUUUGGAUGGUGAUGCGCCGGAGGAAAUUGCUACUUACAUGGUAGAGAAUGAAUUCAUAUUGCAGAGUGAAAAAGAGACAUUUAUUGAACAAAUGAAAGAUAUUAUUGAUAAAGCAGAAGAUAUGCUCAGUGAAGAUACAGAAGGAGAACGAAGUUCUGAUCAGGGAACAAGUCCUCAACAAGAUAUAGAUAGGCUGGAAAUUAAUGAGGAGAAGCGGCAGUCUCAAAUGAAGACACCUGUGUAUCAACAGAACGUUUUGCAUACUGGAAAAAGGUGGUUUAUUAUAUGUCCUGUUGUGGAAAACCCUCCUACUGAUGCACCAGAAUAUUCUCCGCCGGUACCUCAGAGCACACAGCAGUCUGAAGGUCCAGACCUGGAGCAGCUGGAUGAUCAGCAAGUGAGCUCUGUGGUGACCGACCCACCCGGUGCGGUAGCUGCUCCGCAGCUUCCCCUGCCAGCAGGUGUAUGUGACAGCCCCAUCGGAGCCGCUCCAGCGGUGGCACAGGUUCCUGCUGCAGCGCCUUCCGCCACCGUGCUGAGCCAGGCCGAGUUCUCAGCUCCGGCGCUACCGGGAUCUGCUUCCAAUCUCCUGGAGCAGGCAGUGGCUAACGGCAGUCAGCUGGAGUACCCCCCGCUGCCGGCCUCGCUGCCCGCCCCGCCGGGCACG